CUAGUAGCUAUGGGCGGCCUAAGCAAAUUAAAACCCUUGGAAUUUAGACGGUUUUUGAGAUGGAUGUUUAAUGAUGAUUGAGACCUAAAAGAACCACAAGACAUAUACUAGACUAACGUGACCAUCACCAACCCAACAACCAUAUUAAUCAAGCAACGGCAGAAAGCUUGUGAACCCAGUUAUCUUUAUUCAUCAUUUCCCUAUUCAGCCGGUCAUUUAAGUUACUACAUUUUAUGAGAGAGAAACUUCUUCCAAAGUCAUAACCGGAUUUGACUUGAGAUAUAUACUCUUAAUUCUUUCUUGGGCUUCUCGCUGCAAACUAUAAUUAUUUUAUUUUAUGUUUUUAUGAGCUUCUAGUGUUUGUCUUUCUCUUUCUCUCUGCCUCUCUCCUUCAAUUUCUUUGGUAAAGGGCGAUUGACACAAUAAUUGUUUGCGGCUAAAUCCACGACGUUCCGAGUUGAUAGCAAUAAGACUAGAAGCCAUGCUAGGAGAUCCCUCACGUUAGCCAUGUAUAAGGAGAACCAUAUAUCAAGAAUUAGAAGGUUUCCAAAUUGGCUCAAAAGAAAAAACAAGCGAGCCAACCCCAGUCAACCCUUUGAAGUGUCAGAGGGAAAUGAAAAACAUGAAAGUGACGAUUGGCUAGAUGACGUUCUCUUUCCAUGCAUUUCGACCAAUGAGUUGAGACUCUUUGUGGGCACUUGGAAUGUAGCGGGAAAGUCUCCCAUGGGAAGCUUGGCGGUAGAUUUGGAAGAGUGGUUGAACCUUAAGGAUGCUGCCGACAUAUAUGUUCUUGGAUUCCAAGAGAUUGUACCUUUAAACACCCGAACUGUGAUUGGAGCAGAAGACCCAACCGAGGCAACAAAUUGGAACCUGCUCAUAGGAAAAGCUCUAAAUGACAAAUAUGGUUGCCCAUGGUUGACACCUAUGUUGAAUCCAAUCUCAAGCGACAACUACCUCUAUGUUCCAGUUCCUGACUCAGAAAGAAGGUUGAGUGUUAGCAGCAAUAUUGCUGGGACUCCAAUGAAAGAAAGGUCGAAAACUCAGCACGAGAGACUAAAAGAAGGUAGUAAAUACAAGCUCAUGGCAAGCAAGAAGAUGGUUGGAGUUUUCACAAGCGUAUGGAUGAAGAAGGAAUUGCUGAGAAAGUACUGCAUUUCAAAUGUUAAAGUUUCCUCAGUAGCAUGUGGAAUCAUGGGUUACUUGGGAAACAAAGGUGCGGUUUCGGUUAGUAUGUCCAUUGAAGGAACUAGUUUUUGCUUUAUUACUGCGCAUUUAGCUUCCGGGGAGAAGAAAGGCGAUGAAGGCAGAAGGAAUCAUCAAGUUUCAGAGAUUUUUAGGCGAACUUCUUUCCCUCGGUCCCCUGAUGAUGAUGAUAAUCCUCAUCCUCUCACCAUCUUUGGACACGAUCGGAUAUUCUGGUUCGGGGAUCUCAAUUAUAGGCUCUAUUUGGAGGACAAUUUCGCCAGGUCACUAAUAAAGAGUAAAGACUGGAGAGCGUUGCAAGAAUUCGAUCAACUUCGGAGGGAACAAGAAAAUGGUGGGGUGUUUCAGGGUUGGAAAGAGGGAAACAUAGAAUUCGCACCUACCUACAAGUAUUCUAAUUCUAAUUCCAAUCGAUACUCAGGUGGACUUCCAAAUGGAUCGGGAGAGAAGCAAAGGACUCCAGCAUGGUGUGACAGAAUUCUGUGGUAUGGAAAAGGAGUCAAGCAACUUUCCUAUUUUCGCGGUGAAAGUAAGUUCUCUGAUCAUCGGCCUGUCUCUGCCCUAUUCUCAACACAGGUAGAAGUAAUCAGACCUAAUAAUACAAGAGUUGUCGAACUGCACACAAUUCUUCCCACCAUACAGCCUACUGAUCAAACUGGUCCAAGCAGAAGUGACGAACAGGUUAAGUGUACAUUGCUAUCAUUAAUGGUGAAAGACAUGAAAGCAUCACCAACACAAACAAUGUAGAGCAAAUAAUUGAGAAUGAAUGCAGCCGACCCUUUAGAUGUUGAGUUGUCAUAUGAUGGCUUCAUGGGAAUGUGUCAAUUUUGUAUUCUUAUUCUUCCUUCCUAUAAUCUCCAGGAAACACCUAAAAACUAAAAUCAACAUAUCUAAGAUGUAUAUGUUACGUCCAAGUAAUUAUGAUUGAAAAGUUAUCUACCGAAUGAGAAACUGAUACGAGAGUCUGAGCAUCGAUUUUCUUUAAA